AUGGGGAAGUUGGAAAAGAAGGGGAAGUCGGCGAGCCGGAGAGUUCAAUCCAAAGGUGAAGAAGAGGAGAAGCCGAGGAAGAAAAAAACGGCACCGCCAGUUGAAGUUGUGGAGAUUGACAGCGACGACGAUGAUGAUAAGGAAGCCAAUGAGGAUCUCAGCUUGAGAAUCGUCGAGAAAGCUAUGUUGCGUAACUGCAGUAAGAAGGGUUCCAGUUCAAUAACUGAUGCUUCGAAUUUCAUCGUUUCCAAAGAGGAUGAUGAUGAUGAUGAAGUUGUCAUGAAUUUUACUGAUGAUAGUAAGAGUAAGAAAAAAGAGAUGAAGAAGAAAAAGAGGAAGAAACUCGAAUCCCAGCUCGAUUUUGCGCUGAGUGAAAAAGAUUCCAAGUUUGAGAAUUUCUGCAGCGACAUGUUUCUGGUUGAUGCUGCAAAAAAGGAGGAGAAUGUUGACAGUGAGAAAACCGCACAGGCUUUGAAAUCAAAUCCUGUUGAAGAUUCUGAUAAUUCUGUGCUCCGAAAGCUUCUUCGGGGCCCUAGAUAUUUUGAUCCUCCCGAUAGCAGCUGGGGUACUUGCUAUAAUUGUGGUGAAGAAGGUCAUAUGGCUGUCAAUUGUACAUCAGCUAAGCGUCAGAAGCCUUGUUUUGUUUGUGGGAGCCUGGAACAUCUUGGGAAGCAAUGCACAAAGGGGCAUGCAUGUUAUAUCUGCCGAAAAGAAGGCCAUCGUGCAAAAGAUUGUCCAGAGCGGAGCAAUAGGGGAGCUCAAAAUUCAAAUAUAUGUUUAAGAUGUGGUGAUUCUGGCCAUGACAUGUUCUCAUGUACCAAUGAUUAUUCUUCUGAUGACUUGAAGGAAAUAGAGUGUUAUGUUUGUGGGAGUAGUGGCCACCUAUGCUGUGUAAACUAUUCCGACUCCGUUCUGAGAGCGAUUACAUGUUACAGAUGUGGUCUUUCGGGUCAUACUGGUUUGUUCUGCUCAGGCUCACGGAAAGAGAAUUCUAACAUGGGAUCAGCCCAGGCAUGCUACAAAUGUGGUGGUGAAGGACAUUUUUCACGUGAAUGCGUCAGUUCAAGCCAGGGUGGUAAGAGGAAGAAGGAAAAACACAAAAAAGAGGUGGGAUCUGCGCCUCACGAUCUUGGUAAGGAACGCAAGAAGAAGAAAGCAAAAGUAGAGAAAGCAUUCUCUUCUGCUUCUAAAACGAAAAGCAAGUAUGGUUGGAGCACGGAACACCCUGGAGACUAUACCAACAAUAAUGGGACCAUUCCUUGGAGAUCUCCUGCAGCACCUAAAAGAUUUAAAACACCUGAUUAUAAUGCUCCUAAUCAUCACGCAUCAACUUCAUAUUCACCCUGGCGACAUCAUACACCGCACCACUACAACAGUCCAUCUCCAAAUGGAACGCCCAUGUUCAAUCAGCAGCCGAGGUAUGGAUCGUGGAACCCUCACUAUUCAGCUUCACACAGUCCAGGCACCCAUCAUGUCUUUGGCUUCAACAUGUUGCAUGUGAGCUUUGAAACUGGGCUCCUAUCGACAACAAAGGAUAUUUCUUCACUGCAAGAUGUCUUUGGAAUAGCUAAUGGUACAUUUUUUGAUGAUCAAGUCAUGAAGCCACCACCAAGACGACCACGUCGACAACGGUUUUCUGCUUGUGACGUCUCAUUCUCAAAUUCGGUUAACUAUUUUCUGGAGCCCAAGGACUCACUGAAUGUUACUGAUUUCUCCCUGCAAUAUGUUGAAAGAGAGGAGAGACAGUCAUAUCAUGAUUUCUUUGAUCUCAGAUUUGGAGGUCAUCAAACCCUCAAAGAGAGAGAGGCAGCCUUCCAUGUAAGAAACCACACUAUCCAUUGUGGUUUUGUCAAGGGAACCAAAGGAGUUCAAAGCAGUGGAUUUGAUUUGGAUGAGAAGGACAAGAAAUUCAUGAGUAGCUGUAGUGUUGCUGUUUCAUCAUGCAUAUUUGGAAACUCCGAUUUUUUGAGGAGACCAGCCAGCAAAUUGAUGAGUGAAUACUCAAAGAGCAAAGUAUGCUUUGUCAUGUUUGUUGACGGUCAAACUUUAUCCAAACUCGCCGAAGAAGGACAUGUUCCAGAUGACAAAGGUUACAUUGGUUUGUGGAAAAUAGUCGUCGUCAAAAACUUACCAUAUAAGGAUAUGAGAAAAACUGGGAAGGUGCCAAAAUUCUUAUCGCAUCGACUUUUCCCUUCUUCAAGAUACUCUAUAUGGCUUGAUAGUAAGUUGCGGCUUGUUGUUGAUCCUAUGCUGAUUAUUGAGCACUUUUUGUGGCGAUCUGGGUCAGAAUAUGCAAUUUCCAAUCAUUAUACUCGACAUUGUGUUUGGGAGGAGGUAAUUCAAAAUAAGCGUCUGAACAAGUACAAUCAUACAGCAAUUGAUGAGCAGUUCCAGUUAUAUCAGUCUGAUGGUCUAGUCAAGUUUGACCGAUCAGAUCCCAACAUCCCUCUUCCAAGCUGUGGUUUGUCUUGCGAAGAAAUGUUCGAAUGGUUUCGGCUACCUGUCAAAAUCCCUGAUAACAUUGUUUGUAAAAUCACAAUAGUCUGCAAUCUUCCAGCUCGACUUGGAAGUGGAAAUCUGGUGAAGAAAGCGUAUGAUGCGUUGUUAUUGGAUGCGGGAGGUACACUUUUACAGCUCAAUAAGCCAGUUGAAGAUACCUAUGCUGAAAUUGGCCGAAAAUAUGGUCUUCAAGCCACUUCGGCUGAAAUAAAGAAGGGUUUCAAAAGGGCCUUUUCAGCUCCAUGGUCUGAGAAACUUCGUUACCAGGGUGAUGGAAAGCCAUUUUGGAAACUUGUUGUUUCAGAGGCAACUGGCUGUGAUAAUGUUGAUUAUUUUGAGGAAGUUUAUGAGUACUAUGCCCAUGGUAAUGUGUGGCAUCUUCCUGUAGGAGCUCAAGAAACAAUAUCUGUUUUGAAAGAUUCUGGAGUGAAACUGGCUGUGGUAUCCAACUUUGACACUCGAUUGAGGAAGCUUUUGAAAGAUCUGAAUGUAUUAGAUCUAUUCGAUGCUGUCGUCAUAUCUUCAGAGGUUGGGCAUGAAAAACCGGAUCCCAAAAUAUUCACUGCUGCUUUGGAUAUGCUCUCCGUGGAAGCUACAAGAGCCGUUCAUGUUGGAGACGAUCUUAAGGCUGAUAAAGAAGGAGCCAACACAGUUGGCAUAGACUGUUGGUUAGUGAACGUUUUACUGUUUCUUCUUUUCCUAUUCAAUGAGAAUCAUGUUCACUAUGACCCUGGAAAUGAAAAGAUAGCUGAUGGUGUGUGA